AUGGCAUUCAAUUCGUCUCUCUACAUCGCCAGACACAGAUGGUCCCUGGACGACCUCAGCUCCGAGCUUCUGGCUUUGAUAUUUGAGCAGCUCCGAUGCGUCGACGCUCGAUCACUGGCCGUUUUCCGCUUGUUGUCGAGGAGAUUCGAUGCUAUCAUCACGCCGAUCAAGUACGAGUACCUUUGCUUGACCGAGCGGAUCAUCGCCGGCCAAGCCUUGACGCAUUUCCCGCACGCCCUCGAGAAGGUCUACGUCCACACCCGGCAUGUGGACGCCAGGAGUGAUCUCAACCCCGAAGAUACCAAACGUUUGCUGAACCGUAUCAACCGGCUGCUUUCAGUGAGGUGGCGAUACACUACCGUCGAGUUCCGCUCGGGCCGGCUUUGGAUGCCCGCCGACAUUUUUAGCCUUCAGAAUGUUCGACUCAAUCGAACGAAACUGCACGUUGAAGGCUUGCCACUACGAGACUUCACGGGCCAGCUGCAAGACACGUACCUCAAUGCGAUCCCGACAAAUAUGCUGGUAUCCCUGAAGAUGGCGAGCCCAGCACCUCCGCUGACCACGAGGCUUGAUUCACUAAAGAAGCUGCUGCUACAAUCCGGUCGUAUCGAGACAUUCCAUUACGAUGACAGGGGACAGGGGACUCGUUUCACCUUCGCUGACAACGAGCGACUGCCGGCAUUCAGGGAAUUAGCACUGCGGUCGUAUGACUGGAAUCACUCGGCUACAGACGUUCAAGCGCACUGGGAUUUUACGAGGAUCCGCAUCCUUCAACUCGUCGAUGUGCCCAUGCUCGAAUUUCUUGUCUCUGUUCCGUUCGAGGACCUCCUUGACCUCCAGGCACUCCAUUGUGAAGAUUUCAGCGCCCAUCUCCCCGAUCGACGCCUCGAAGCAACAAGGGGGUUGUACUUCCUAGUUCGGCGCAUCCGAGCUCUGCGUACGUUGAAACUGACAUGCCACACGCAACACUUCCCCGUCGACGCCAUCCUCAGUCACGCGCGAACGCUCCAAGUCCUCCGCUUCCGCGAUCACGUUGGAUUCGGCGAGGACGACCGCCGCUGUCCCACCAUGUGGGUAGACGACCUAGCCCUCCUCUCCCGCAGCCUCGUCAACCUGCACACGCUCGAGAUCGACAUGGACGUAACCCUUUGCGAACCGCCGCUAUUUCUCCGGGCGCUCUGCGCCUUCCCCCGACUACGCACACUAACGCUCCAUAUACAGACCGUGCUGCGCGUGCUCGAGUUUGUUCACCCGGGUGCGGAUCAGGAUUAUGACGCAGCCAUGAGGAUAUUCGGCGCGCUGGUUAGGGGGAAGCAUGGCGCCCCGUGGCGGUGUAUCACGAUUAAUGUGGGGGGUUGGAAACGGAACAUGGUGAGGCGGCUCGGAGAGGCGUGGAGGGAGUGGAAUGAGAUGGGAAUUUAUGCCGAGAGAUGUUUUGUUUUGGAGAAGGGGGUCGGUGGGGAGUUGUUGGUUAGGGAGGAGAUGGGUAGUGAGAGUAACUGA